UGACGCUUCAGUAUCCGAACAGACAUAAUGUUUGAUGGACAAAUAUCAAAUUAGAUAAUCAUUGCUCUCGAAGUGAAUAAACCAGUGUUAUUGUUGAUUUUCGCGUCUUCUUCGGCGGAUCUUUCUUCUCGUUUUCUCAAAAAAAAAAAAAAAGCUAACAGCAUACAAACAAAUAAUUGUUAGUUGUCGUUGUCGUAACGUGAUUGCCGCCGCGUUAAGUCAAUAUCGUUAUUCGAUCGAAGAGCUAAAUAUGCUUGGAGUCCUUUGACGUUUACCCACUACAACUUGAGUCGACGGAAUUUCCAAUUGUGCUGUUCUUCCUUUGUGGCCAUACGACGUUUUCAGUUUCAGAUUAUGCGAAGACGAAGAAGAUAAUUUGAGAGACAAUUAAUGUACAAGGAUUUUGAUGAAUACCGUAACUACAGGAUAUUUUUCUGAAUGACGCUCUGCAAGGACCAGGUUCAUCUCUGGAUAGAGGUAUGGUCGCAGGACAUGUGGCUUUGUGCGUGACGACGCUGGUGACGUUGGCGAGGUCCGGCGCCGCGGGCAUUCUCGAAUGGGGACGAUCCAACCACAUAGAGGUCAACAUACCCUGGCUACCAUUCGAAAACGAGACAAGGUGUUAUGACGAACUAGGAUGUCUGAACAUCACUCGAGAUUGGUAUCAUUUGAUUUACCGACCUUUCAAUGUAUUUCCAUUGGCCAGACAAGUCAUCGACACUCGGUUCAUCCUUUAUACCAGGAAAAACCCAAUACAGGGUCAGAUGCUGAAAGUUCAGGCGGAGAAAACGAUACAAAAGUCAAAUUUAGACCCGAAAAAACCUACCAAGUUUAUCAUUCACGGUUUUAUUGACACGCCGCUGAGCAAUUGGGUCAAGGAGAUGAGAAGAGAACUGCUAAAACAUUCCGACUGGAACGUCAUAGUGGUAGACUGGGCCGGUGGUUCGCUGCCCCUGUACACUCAAGCGACGGCCAACACCAGGCUGGUGGGACUGGAGAUUGCCUAUUUCAUCAACUAUUUAAAAGACAACGUGGGCCUAAAUCCGAAACAUGUUCAUCUGAUAGGACACAGUCUGGGAGCGCACACAGCCGGUUAUGCUGGUGAACGCGUGGAAGGGCUCGGCCGGAUCACAGGGCUCGACCCGGCCGAGCCGUACUUCCAAGGAAUGCCCCCUCACGCUAGACUGGACCCUACGGAUGCACAAUUGGUGGACGUUAUCCACACCGAUGGAUCAUCUAUAUUUCUAUUGGGAUACGGUAUGAGCGAACCGUGUGGCCACAUCGACUUUUAUCCGAACAACGGCAAAGAACAACCGGGCUGUGACUUGACUGAAACGCCGUUACCUCUGACUCUGAUCAAAGAGGGAAUCGAAGAAGCCAGCCGUGUGUUGGUAGCGUGUAACCACGUGAGAGCCAUCAAGCUAUUUACUGAAUCCAUCAACUCGAAUUGCCCGUACAUUGCACAUAGAUGCAAUUCAUAUCAGAACUUCAUUCAAGGUAAAUGUUUUUCAUGUAAAGAAAACGAAACGGGAUGUGCCAUAAUGGGGUUGAGCACGGUAAGACCUAAUCAUACGCCCGGUUCAAAAUACUACAUAUCCACGGGAAAAGACACGCCGUAUUGCAGACGGCAGUAUAAAGUCACUUUGGACUUGGCCAAACCCCCAAGAGCCGAAUCUUGGGUUCAAGGGUUUAUGAAAGUAUCGUUACACAGCGACAACGGUGUAAUCAGAAAUCUAGACUUGACGCCAAAUGGUUACGAGAGAAUGGAACACGGGACCAGUAGAAGUUUUGUGGUCACCCAUCCGGACGAUAUAGGUCAAGUAAAGAGGGUGGAGUUCUACUGGGAGUACGACAUGGACGUUUUGCAGCCCAGAUCUAUAUGUUUCUUCUGGUGCAACGACCAUCUCUAUGUGUCCAGCAUUGGGGUAACUGAAGCAGAAGGAGACGGCAGCAGAGGUAAACGAGGCAUUGAGGAGAACAGCAAACUGUGCAGCUUGGGUCUCAGGGAAUAUGCGGAUAUCGCUUCCAGGACCUCGGCAGUGUUCAUCGACGAAUGCGACGACGAUGGUCUAUUAAGCUAAGCUAAACAUUAUAUUAAUGAGCCAUUCGAAGGGUGUCCUCUGGGAAUGUGUAACAAUAAUAAUUAUUGUCUGGCAAAAUAUGUGUCAAGUCAAAUGUGGUACCAGACUAUUUAUAUUGUAUCCCCUGGUAUCCGACUAGUAGCUAACAAGAAAGUUUAAUAUCAAAACAUAAUAUAAACAAUAUUGUUUUCUUAAAGACCGGAUUAAUAUUAUUAUACAUUAUUAUGUAACAUUAUGUUGCAUUGUAAUAUUAUGUAAAUGCUAUUGUAUAUAUUUUUAUUAUAAAUUUCGCAUUGUUUUAAUAUAAUUUGUUAUUAUGAUAAAA